CCUCGCCAAGCGGCACAGCCGCUGCCCGUCCUCUCCGACGGUUCGCUCUCUGGCGCUCGGGAAGCGGAGCUUCCGCCGCUCCCGAGCAUGGGAUGGAUGAGCCCUGCGAGCGCGACUCCUGCUCGGCUGCCGCCGGCAUAAAAGAAGGAGCGGGUCGGGAUCCCUGGAACGCACCGCUGGAUUUGCUGCAGAGCGGCCAGAUGGGUAACAAGAGCAACGUGUCCUUUCUGCAGCUCUUCAAGAACCUCAACUUGGAGCGAGCCGAUGGGAUGCAAGGAGACAGCUCCGACGUGGUGCGGAUUGUCAUCUCCCUGGUGUACUCUGUAGUGUGCGCCCUGGGACUGGUGGGCAACCUGCUGGUUCUCUACCUGAUGAAGAGCAAGCAAGGCUGGAGGAAGUCCUCCAUCAACCUCUUUGUGACCAGCCUGGCUGUGACUGACUUCCAGUUUGUGCUGACCUUACCCUUCUGGGCUGUGGAGAAUGCCCUAGAUUUCAACUGGCUCUUCGGCAAAGCUAUGUGUAAGAUUGUCUCCUAUGUGACAGCCAUGAACAUGUAUGCCAGUGUCUUCUUUCUCACUGCCAUGAGUGUGGCUCGAUAUCGCUCUGUGGCUUCAGCCUUGAAGAACCAGGGGCGAGGUGACCCUCUGGGUGGCUGCUGCUCUGCCAAGUGGCUCUGUGCACUCAUCUGGUUGUUGGCAAUCCUGGCUUCUCUGCCCCAAGCCAUUUUUUCCACCACUGCCACCGUCUUUGAUGAUGUCCUCUGCCUUGUAAAGUUCCCUGAGGGCCGAGGAAGCAAUGCACAGUUCUGGCUAGGUCUGUACCAAACCCAAAAGGUGCUGCUGGGCUUCGUGCUGCCUCUGGCCAUUAUCAGCCUCUGCUACUUGCUCCUGGUGCGCUUCAUCAGUGAUAAGCAUGUUGGCAGCACCUGCAGUGGUCCCAGCACUAAACGCCGCUCUAAAGUGACCAAGUCAGUGUCCAUCGUGGUGCUGUCAUUCUUCUUGUGCUGGCUGCCCAACCAAGCGCUCACAACAUGGGGCAUUCUCAUCAAGCUCAAUGUGGUGCACUUCAGUGCUGAGUACUUCCUCUCACAGGUGUACCUCUUCCCCAUCAGUGUGUGCCUGGCACACUCUAACAGCUGCCUCAACCCCAUCCUCUACUGCCUGAUGCGCAGGGAGUUCCGCAAGGCACUGAAGAGCCUUCUCUGGAGGAUCACCUCACCUUCUCUCACCACCAUGCGUCCUUUCACCGAUACCACCAAGCCAGAGCAGGAGGAGCAAGCCCUGCACGACUUGGUGCCUGUCCACCCUGUUGCACCUUCCUCUGCAGCUGCAGCUGUCCAGCCGGAGCUGGCUUACUACCCGCCUGGGGUGGUGGUGUACAGCAGCCGAUGUGACAUGCUGCCCGCUGCCUCCAGGGAGCAACACUACUGAGAUGGCCAUGGGGAGGGGACUGGGAGGGGGUUCUGUGCAGGAUGUGGCCCUGGGACAUUGAAUGCCUGUUAGGAUCAAGGGAAGGUGAGAUAGGUGGACAAGGGUGGGAGAAACUUUUCUGGAGUUGUCUGCUCUUGGAAGCUGUGUGACAAAAAUUAUCUUGAAAGUGUGCCCCAGAAUGGAGAACAGGAGGAGGAAGGGAUGUUGUGGUAUGCCAGGGAUCAAGGGGUCUCUCAGAGAUGCAUUUCAUUACUUGCAUUUGUCCUGGCUCCUGCUGGAGCUCCGGCUGUGGGGUCAGACAGUGAGGGUAAGGCUUGUUGGGGUGAAGCAAGACUGUUCCCACAACAUCAGCUGUGCUCAUGCUCAUGGCAUGAGCAUGAAGGGGCCAGGACAAGCAGGUAUAGAGCUCCUGCUUGUUCAGGCUCAGCUCUUUUCUCCCUUCCCAGGGACCAACCAAGAGGGGAGAAGAAGCGCUGUGCUUCUCUUUGGAUAGUUGCAGGAUCUUCUUUUGUGGCUUCCUCAUCCCAUCUGCUGCUACCGGCAUACAAAGCAGGAUAACAGAUCCUGGACAGCGAAGGAGAAAGCCUGGGACAGGACUUGCAGCUUCACAAAGAGGGGUUGCUUUGGUUGGGUUUGGAGGGAAGGGAAUUGCACCCUACCACCUCCUAACAUCGUGCUCCCCAGCUCUGCUGAAGCAGGAAACCUGCAGGUCCAGCUCCAAGGCAGGCUUCUGUCCAGGCAUAUGGAGGCUGCAUGUUCUGCUCUGUGCCUCAGAUUGUUGGGCAGUUCACUCCAGGAGAUCAGCACAAUUGUAAAUAAAGGAGAAAAAGGGGAAAAAUCUACUUCAAACUGUUUGCUCCAGGAUACUUCUUAUUUCAGCUAAAACAAAUCACAAAGUUUUAUGGGAUCUGCGAUGAUACUUGCCAGUGUUUCAGUUAACUCAGUCUCAAAUCCUAAAGUGUGAGAAGCCCAAGAAGCUGCAGUUCAGCACCCCAGAAAAGGGCAGAAAUUUUCUGUCCCAACCAGUGUUCCGAAGAAACAGCUGGGGAAUAAUUUGGGAUUGAUCUGAAAUGAACUUGUAAAAGCAUUAAAAAAAAAAAAAAAAAAAAAAAAAAAGUACUGUUCCAAGCUGUGAAACUUCUUAUGUUAAGGUUAUAUAUUUUCUAAUUUAUUUUUAUUUUUUUUAUUUUAUUUUAUUUUUUAGUAUGGUAAAAAAAUUUAAAAGGAAAGGUCAAGGUUGUUUUGUUUUGUUCCUUUUUAGAGGAGGGAAAACUUUUUUUUUCAAAAGGUGUUGAUUAAUAUCUGAAAGUGCAAAUGGGUUAAAUGUGUUGAAAAUAUCAACACAAUAUUUAAAAAACCUCUAUUUCCACUUUCCGCUCUUGUAGUGUAACUCCAAAGUGUACUUGACUCUGUGAGGGGGAAGCAUUUCUGUGGAGGGCUCUUUGUCACCUCUAAGCACAGAUACAGAGCAAACUCCCUAUUUCUGUUUGGAGAAAAGUACAAUGCCUUUAGAAGCAAUUAUGUCUUGCAGAAUCCUUUGGGUUUGCUGUAUAUGUCAAUAAAUCCUGUUGUAAAAUUCCAGUUUGGUCUGGAAGCAGCUGGUUCUGCUUCUUGCAGUGAGACACUGUUCUUUUAUUCGAGUCAGCAGAGACUUUUACUGCAGCCUUGGUUGCCUCUAACGGGGAAGAUGCUGAGAUUUGGAAGGAGCCUAGAGAACAGCAAAAGUGAGCUGGCAGCUGAUGGAUGUAUAUACAAAGAUGCAAAGACUCUGGAAAAAAUACAAACAAACCCACAACAGGUAUCUGCAGAAGAUCUGGAGCAUUUAAGUACUGUACAAGAAUCCCUCUAAGUUCCUAAAUGCUGAUUUGGACGCCAGUUGAAGUCUGUAGGUACUUAAAUAUUAACUGGAAAACUUUUUGUGCCUAAAGUCUGCUUCUGAGCAUGCCUGAAUCUACUUAAGUUUGUAGCACUGUUUAUGAUUCAUGGGGAUCCUGCACUCAGGACUGACUGCUGUGUGCACCGUAAGCCAUGGAGGCAGCUCUGCACCCUGACACAGAACACCCUGUACCAGGCCACACAAAGUUAAGAGGGGAUGUAAGCUUAACUGAUUCUCCCUGUCCCUUUGUCCAGACGUGCUUCUCCUGUCUUGUCUUUGAUGCAUGCACAGAUUAUGCUCUUUCCUCUUGCCUUCUUAAAAAGUGUAUCAGUGUGCAGAGCUCUUGCUCACAGUAUAGGAAAUGCUCCUUUUCACCUUUGGUAGUGCUGGGGAUGUGCUUGAAUCCUCUGGCUUGAAACUGUUUCCUAUUGCAUGAGAUGCUCACUAUUACAGGGUCAGAAAGGUAAAGUAAACCAUUGAAUGAUAUUUUGCAGGAUAAUGAUGAGGGCAUGAGCCCUAGAGAGGAAGUUCUGUUUCUCUUGUACAAAAAAAAUGCAGAAGAGAAAUUGGAUCCAGGCCUGAAUUCUAGGUUUCACCUUCUCGAGGAUAAUGAUUAACUGGUUCACUUUAUGAUUAUAUACUUGUCCUUGCUUCCAGGUCCUGGUUCAAUUAACAUCUCGGUGGUGUACAUAAUGAGGUGGCUUCCACAGACUGAGAGCUUUCAGGCCCUAAGAAUCCAGUAGCCUAAUGUGUCAAAAGAUUUGCAAGAAAUGCAGCUGGGUUUCAUACAUUCUGGGGAGAAAGCCCUAACAACAGUGUAGUUAUCUGCUGGCAGCAGGUAACUACACUGUUGCAUGAGGAGAAGGAUGCCAUGAACACCUUAAUCCAGAGUUCAGAGAGGCCUAAACAUACUUCUGUAAGACAGGAGCAAGAAUGAAUGAAGAGGAGAAAUGGACCUUGAAACUACACUCUUUUCUUGCUAUUGAGCAGCCUAGGUUCUUGUGUGGUUUGCUGCAUCUGUAAUUCCUAUUCUCAGACGCUUUAAUGCUCUUGUGCACUGCAUAAAAAGCUAGAGUAUACUUAGAUAAGUAUCUAAAGCACAGCUUUGAAUUUCAGUAGGUGGUGAAUUGCCUAAAAGACAUCCUCUGUGGUGGUGAGCAUGACAAAACUUGUGUGUUUUUGUGGAUGUCAGUGUACACAGUUUUAUGGCAGCAAAAUAGCACAUAGUUGAGGACAACCCACGAUUAGUCCAGAAUCCUAGCAAGAUUUGGUGAUCAGAGAAAGCCUCAGAUGUCCAAUAUACAAAACUCUUUUGUAGGGGAAAUCACUCAAAUAAGAAAAUGCUCUGGGUACGUUGAGAGAGACCUGACUAAUUUUGUAAAGGUCACCUGUGUGGUAAGCCACUUAAGUCUAAGUCACACAUAUGGUAUUUGAAAGUGACACAACUUACCACAGCUGUUGGGUAAACGUUGGUUUGUACCUGACCUGCAGGUGCAGCUACAUAGUUGGCCAAUAUGCACAAGCAGAAAGAAGUUUUGUUCCACAUGUGCUGUGAAUUGUAACUAUCUGUGCAUGAAAUCUGGGCUGUGUUGAACAGCAGUGGCACCAACCUGCAUGCUGUAAGUGCUUAAUGUGCACAAAGUCUUAGGAAUGUGGCCACAGCAAAAGGUCAUUGCAGCUCCAGCUUUGAGACUGUAUGGUAUUGUGGGUUGUCCUAAAUAAGCAGUAAGUACAACACUCUUCAAGAACACUCCUGUUUCCUCCAAAUGUUUGUGUUUUCGUUUGUAACAAUCACAUUUUCAUGGUCUGAAAUAAACACAGCUGAAAUAAACAAUA